AUGAACAAAUUUCCAAACGAUCCUAUUUUCGUGAAUCUGCUGCGUCUAAGGCAGUCAGUGCAAGGAGUCUUAAUCCAUGAUGAUUAUGGCAUUGACGCAGGCCCCACCGACCUACUCAAUGAUAUUAGUCGUCUGCGCGAAACACUGCGAAGAGAGCUCCCCGCUGACUGGUACGACGCUAGAGGCUUGUUGCGACCUGACACUGGUUGCAUAGCGACAAUCUCACCAAGCGGAUAUUACUUUCUGGUGGCAUUCUUUACGAUAGCCGCGCUAGGAGGAACAUGUAUACCACUGCCAACUAAGGCCACACCCAACGAGACUCUCAGACUCUUGACCUCAGCCAAUGUGACAUAUAUUCUGAGCGAGCCCAACACCAUUCAACAGGUUGCUGUUAUCAAAGAACACGCAAUUAACAUCGAGACAAUCCAGAUUGAGCGGAAGGCAGGAUGUGAGUUCACGUACGGUUCCGAUUUCGAAAUUGAUGAGACCCUAUCGAUUGACCCGCACCAACCAUGCAUGGUCAUUCUUACCUCCGGGGGCAACACCGGCCUUCCGAAAAGUGUUGUUAUUCCUCGCCGAACGUUUUUCUACUCCGGCAAGACAGAACCUGACCGUCUGUUUCUGGCUUUCCGCCCUGUUCACUGGAUGGGUGGCGUAUCAGGGCUCCUUGCGCGGGUUCUGCGUGGGACGAAGAUUCACUGGCCACGACGCUCAUUCGACCCAGCUAUAUUCUGGGAGAUCUUCAAGCAGGGUACUAUUACAGAUGUGUCGUUUUCUUCUUCACUGUUUAAAAGUCUAGAGGACUACUAUCUAGUAAACAUCUGCCGGCUUCCUUCUGAUGAGCGCGAGGUAUAUGUAUCCGGGGUGGGAAAGAUCCGGGUUGCCACGAUUAGCGGUUCAGCUAUGAACCCCGCCACGGCCCAGUUUUGGAUCGAGCUCACGGGGAUGAAGAUAAGGAACGUUUAUGGGUCAAGUGAACUUGGGGGAAUGGUGCUAGCGUCUGGUAUUGAUGCGCCAUAUGUCGAUAGGUGCAUUGGUAUGCCUAUUCCUGGAGCACAGAUCAAGCUAUCAAAUGGAGAUGAGGGAGAAUUGCUUGUCAAGUCUCCUCGAAUGUUCACGCAUUACCUUAAUGAUGAAACAGCAACAAAGAAUGCAUUCGAUGAAGAUGGAUUCUACAAAACAGGCGAUCUCGUUCGACGCGUCGGGGCGUGUUAUUUUUUUGAAGGGAGAGUAGACUCUGACUGGAUCAACUUUCUUGACCGCAAGAUUUCAGUUUUAGAACUAGAAGAACAUCUACUGCGCCUUUCUUACAUAUCUGAGGCCCACGUUCUUCCUGUUCUUGACCACGAGACCAGAGGAGUCCCUGCAGCACUUGUCCGUCUCAACUGUGGAAACUCAGAUAUUAAUCUGCGAAGAAUCCGCGAUGACCUUUCUCUAGGCUUGGAGCGUUAUAAACUCCCUGCACUUCUAUACAUAUUGAAAGCCGGAGAGGACGUACCCAGAGCGGCCUCUGACAAAGUGCUCAAGGCCCAGGCAUUGGACAAGUUCUUUCGUAUCCGUGGGUAUCGGCCUCGUGGAUAUUGUGUCGAUGGGGUUGAGUGUCUCAGGACCUCCUACUCGACGAAAUGA